AUGUUCGGCUUGGGAUCUGCCCCUCCUAAACAUGAUCCACCAGCCUCGAUGGAACCAUACGAUCUUGGAAGAGACGGGGAUUUGGGUGCUCUCAGUAACGCCCAACAAGGGGCGACAAAUAAACUCAAGACUCAAACACGGUUAAGUAAUGAACAGUAUUUGCGGCAACACCCGGAAGUGAAGUACAUGGUGACAGCAUUUUUGAGGGAUAUAUUGACUAAACAGCCUGAAAAUGCCCGGGAACACUUCGCUGACCUUUUAAAAAACAUCAAGACAGUCGAAAAAGAGUAUUCGGAGAUGUAUCACGAUGAUGGCGUCAUACGUUCUCUUGCUAAAGAAGAUCUUGAUUCGGAGGAGUUCUGUAAAUACGAUUGUAAUUAUAAUCUGUAUUGA